AUGCCCGAAUCAUUUCCUCCAGCUGGUCCUGGCUCACGUUCAAUAGCUGCACAAUCUACCAGAGGCCCUUCACCUCCUCCAGGUCCAAUUCUCGACCACUCUCAUCUACGCCCCGGAAACCACGCCGCCCUUCUCUCCCACGAACGAACUCUCGAACUCUACAGAGCAAACGCUAAGAAGACACAGGAUCCUGAUAUCCAAUUCGAAUUUGCAGUCUUCAUGAUUGACGCCUCGAAGUCGAUGCCCAUACCGGAGAACACGCCAGGUAACCUGCUUCAGGUUGAGAAGGCUUUGGAGAAGAGAGAGGAUCUGAUCAAGGAGGCUAUGACAUUGCUCAAACGACUUGCUGAUAGAGGUCAUCCUGCUUCACAGUAUUUCCUCGCAGACUGUUACGCCAAUGGCAUUGGUACUCCGAAGAACAAGCAGGACUUUGAUCGUGCCUAUCCGCUGUUCGUCCUCGCCGCCAAGCACGGUCAUCCAGAUGCCGCAUAUCGAGCAGGAACCUGUUGUGAAAAUGGAUGGGGAUGUCGAAGAGAGUCUGCUAAAGCACUCCAGUUCUUCAAGAAGGCUGCUGCAUCGCUACAUCCGGGUGCGAUGUACCGGCUGGGCAUUGCAGAGCUUAAUGGCGAGCUGGGCCAAUCGAAAAGUCCCAAAGAGGGAGUAAAGUGGCUGAAACGCAGUGCUGAGCAUGCUACUGCAGAGUUUCCUCAUGCGUUACAUGAACUGGCUCUUUUGCACGAACGGGGGAUUGACAAUGUUGUGUUCGUAGACUACGAGUAUGCCACGGAACUGCUCGCUCAAGCAGCGGAACUGGGAUAUGCACCAAGUGCGUACAGAUUGGGAGAAUGUUACGAGUACGGAAAGUUGGGAUGCCCACAGGAUCCUGCGCUGUCCAUACACUAUUAUAAUAUUGCUGCCCAACAGAAUCACCGGGAUGCCUGCUUUGCCCUAACAGCAUGGUACCUGGUCGGUUCACCCGGUGUUCUCCCUCAAUCAGACACAGAAGCUUUCCUGUGGUCUCAGAAGGCCGCGGAUGCAGGCCUGGUUAAGGCUAUGUACGCUGUUGGCUAUUUCUUAGAAGUCGGAAUAGGAACACCCCCAGAUUUACCCCAAGCUAUAUCAUAUUACAAACGCGCCGCAGAGCAGGGAGAUAAACGAGCCGCUCAACGAUUGAAGGGCUCUACGACACAGGUUAUGCAUCAGCCUGGUGGUCCUGGGUCAGUACUGAAUCGUGGCAACGGCGACGAUACUAGUUCGAAGAGUGCCAAGGACAAAGAUUGUGUGGUCAUGUAG